AGAUAAGAACGCUGGCCUGGCCGUGCUGGAACAGGUGGAGGACUGUUUGUCUAACCUUGUUAUAAAUGACACUGAUUAGCUUGUACCCGGGCAAUUCGAGCCCUGCGUGCUGGAAAUAUAGACCUUCCUCUCGCAUCUUCCUCUUCUUCCUUCGCUGACUGUGUCUGUUGCUUCUGGGUGUUACAAUUGGUGUCGGAGGUGUCCAAAACUCAAUCUCGAAAUGAAAUCAGAUUCUUCCGAUCCUCCUGCAAUCUUCUCCACCCCACAAGUCACCCACAAUCCCCAGCCACAGAACACAUCUUCCCGGUUCGAGGAUUACCAACGUUGGACCUGAACAGCGAUUACGAAAUGUGGAAGAUUCGCGUGGAGCCUCUCUUAUCCGGUCUUACUCCACACGCUCAAUAUACUCAGAUCAUGCAAGCAAUGAGUGACACCGCACUACGUCGUGCUAUCGCUGGGGGCUUCUCCGCGUCCAAACCCAUCAGCUACAACUGGCGUGUCCUCGACGAAUGUUUCGCCAAAACCUCCAGCCCUUCGGUGUACAUGCACACUUUUCUCAGCCGCUGUCAAGAGCCCGGCGAAACAGCGUUCGAUUACCUGCAUCAACUCCGCGAGAUGGCAUCGCGCGCAUUUCCCAACCUUCCCAACCCGAACCAAGAUGAUGUUAUCUGUAGCCGUUUUGCCCAAGGUGUCUCAUCAUAUGAGCUGAAGUGCCAGCUUCUACGCCAGCCAGCAAAAUCAGUCUCAGAGGCCAUUGAGGUGGUAAAGCGAUUCGAGAGCGUCGAGCAUAUUCUCACUCCAGCUGCCAGUACGCCCUGCUAUGCUCUCGGGACCACCGAGCGAAGAACAACCGUCCCAGCAUCACGACAACGCCGGCCUAAUGCUCCAUCGUCAAGCCAACCUCCAAUUCCGUCCCAGCAGCAUGAUGACCCCAGUAAGUGCUAUUACUGUCGCCGGUUCGGGCGGCGAGCAUGGAAAUGUGGGCAUAACAAAAAACCGCAAGGUGAGCCAUGUUCUGAUGUGCCAUUAUUUGAUAAUUGCUCGAAAUCUCCCCUCCUCCUUGAAGGUAAACUCCAGGGCACUGACGUCACUUUUCUGGUGGACACCGGGGCAUCAUCCUCUGUUGUUCGCACGCAAUUGGUCCAGACACUUGGGGUCAAACCUCAACCUCUCCCCAAUCAGCUCCAGUUAAUUACCGCCAAUGGAGCCCCUAUAGAGGUAACAGACAUGGCCACACUUUCCGUGACGUUCCCAGGUUUUACUUGUGUCCAGUCAUUCGUCAUUUGUGAUGGCAUACGAUGGGACGCCAUACUGGGCGUGGACUUCUUAACUGAAAAAAACGCUGUCAUUGACCUAAGACGCUUUCAAAUUCGGCUGGGGACACAUAACCUCGCAUGUCGCCGACCAGUCAACCGCAACCAGAGUGCUAAUGUUUGUGCUUUACCUCAGAUGACAGUGGUGAACAUCCAUGAUAACCCCCACCUCAGUCUAAAAGACCGUACCGACACCCUGGCCCUGCUACAGGAGUACAGUUGUGUAUUUGACGAUGGGCAAGUGAUGGGGCGGACUAAUAUCGUACAGCACGAGAUUCAGACAGGUGAUAACUUGCCCAUUAGGACGCCACCGCGACGAGUGCCCAUUCAUUACCAACAGCAGUUGGAUACCAUGAUAACAGAUAUGUUACGAAAGAAGGUGAUUAAACCGUCUACGUCACCGUGGGCAUCUCCAAUCGUUCUUGUGAAAAAGAAAGAUGGUUCUCUCCGCCUCUGUGUCGACUAUCGCCGCUUAAAUGCAAUCACACAACGGGAUUCUUUUCCUUUGCCUCGCAUCGACGCUACCUUAGAUGCUUUAGGUGGGGCACAGUGGUUUUCCACACUAGAUCUCGCUUCCGGCUAUUGGCAAGUUGAAAUUCGCCCAGAAGACCGCCCCAAAACUGCGUUCGUUGUGCCUACGGGGCUGUACGAAUUCGAAACCAUGCCAUUUGGCCUGUCUAACGCCCCUGCUACGUUUCAACGGCUCAUGCAAACAGUACUUGCAGGGCUAGUCCCCAAAAAGUGCCUCAUCUACCUGGACGAUAUCAUCGUGUUCGGCCAGUCUCUCGAAGACCAUCAUGCCAACCUUCGCGCCGUAUUUCAACGCUUACGCGAGAGUAACCUUAAGCUGCAAGCCUCGAAAUGCAAAUUCCUGCAGAAAUCUGUUAAUUUCCUUGGACAUGAGAUUACUCCACAAGGAGUACAUACGGAUAGCAGCAAAACUCAAGCAGUUCUUAACUGGCCGACCCCUAAAUCGACCACUGACGUACGCAGUUUCAUGGGACUCGCCUCCUAUUACCGGCGUUUCGUCCAGAAUUUCGCCAGUAUAGCAGCCCCUCUCCAUCGCUUGACAGAAAAAGGACGGAAAUUUGUUUGGACAAAUGAGUGCCAGGUAGCCUUUGACACGCUUAAAAAACGUCUAACUUCUCCCCCUGUCCUAUCGUUUCCAGACACAUCGGCUGGUAGCGGGCCCUUCAUUCUGGAUACCGACGCCAGUGCACAUGCAAUAGGAGCCGUUCUCUCGCAAACAACCUCUGACGGACAAAUACGAGUGAUAGCAUAUGCUAGUCGGAUGCUAGACAAAAGAGAGACGCGGUAUUCGACGACGCGACGUGAGAUGCUAGCCCUCGUCUACUUCCUCUCCUACUUUCGUCAUUACUUAUUGGGGCGCAAAUUUCGAGUCCGGACUGACCACAAGGCGUUACAGUGGUUGCAAAAUUUUCGUGAUGCCGACGGCCAACUUGCCCGCUGGCAGGAACGGUUACAGGAGUUUGAUUUCAUUUGUGAAUACCGGCCUGGAAAACGACAUGGUAACGCCGACUCUCUCUCUCGCCUGCCCGAUUGCGAGAACACACUGAAUGUGUUACUCGGUGCUGCAGCUGACACCGACUGGGCCUCCCUGCAAGCGGCGGACACAACGAUACAGCCCAUUUAUUUACGUCAACAGCAUGGGAACGAUAAACCGACGUCCAAAGAACUACGGGAUUUACCAGCAGCCACGCGGUGCAUCUGCGAGAAGUGGGGUUUACUACGACUUAUAGAUAAUGUUCUUUACAUAGUGGAACCAAAUGCCAACCCCCGACUCCUCGUCCCAACUGUUAAAGUACCCGAGCUUAUUAGUCAGGUGCAUCAUCAACUGGGACACGCUGGCCAACAGAAAACUGAACACGCCAUCCGUCAACGCUUCUGGUGGCCACUUAUACACCAUGAUGUUAUGGAGUUUUGCCGCAAUUGCGCUAUAUGUGCGCAGAUCAAACAGCCUAAGCCAACUCCCCGAGCACCCCUAGUACCUAUGCUGACCGAAGCCCCUAAUCAUCGAGUUGGAGUCGACAUCAUUGGGCCAGUACCAACAUCGAGACGCGGGAAUCGUUAUAUACUUGUCAUGGUCGACUAUUUCACCAAGUGGUGCGAAGCAGUCCCCUUGCAGCAACAAGAUGCCCUGACGAUCGGGCGAGCUUUCAUCGACAACUGGGUGUCCCGUUUUGGUGCCCCUCUUUAUCUACACUCUGAUCAAGGCGCUGCUUUCGAGAGUCUUCUUAUCUCUCACAUCUGCAAUGCUUUCGGCAUUCGAAAGACCCAUACUACGCCUUAUCAUCCACAAGGGAAUGGACUGGUGGAACGCACCAACCGAACCAUCAAGCAUCUUCUUCGUGCCUUUUUGCACAACGCACCGGAGAACACCUGGGACGAUGUCCUGCCUCAAUGCUUGCUUGCAUACCGCUCCUCCGUGCAUUCGUCGACCGGAUUUUCCCCGGCUCUACUCUUGUUUGGGCAUGAACUUCGCCUUCCUGUUGAGAUCCGGACACCGUUGCUACCAUACGAGAAGAUCGACUGUAUUCCCUACGUCCGCAACCUUCGUCACCACCUCGACACAGCCUACAACCUAACACGUCGACAUCUGCAGUCUUCUUCGCAGCAUCAGAAAAGCAACUAUGAUCGGUUUGCCCACGGACCAACCUAUUCCCCGGGUGACUACGUCUGGCUUCAUCGGCCGUCAGUCCCUGCCGGUUCGUGCCCCAAGUUCUACGCCCCCUGGAAAGGUCCAUAUGAAAUCGUACAACACCGACCUCCAACUACAUAUGUCCUGCGGAACUUGCGACGCCCCCAGGAAAAUCUCAUCUCAGCACAUUACAACCAGCUGAAACCACACUGUCCACCAGCUGUCAAAGAACCGUCGACAUCUUCGCAACCGCCACCAGCUACGACCUACUUCGAGGUGCCCACUGAUGGAGGUAGUGCAUACCCUAUACCGCCGCCAGGCACUGAGGACAGUGCCUCCAGAGGGGAGGGAGCGAUGUAAUGAUAUAAAAACUAACAUGACAUCACUAAAUGAGUCUCCUGUUUCCUCUUUUUCAGAUAAGAACGCUGGCCUGGCCGUGCUGGAACAGGUGGAGGACUGUUUGUCUAACCUUGUUAUAAAUGACAAUGAUUAGCUUGUACCCGGGCAAUUCGAGCCCUGCGUGCUGGAAAUAUAGACCUUCCUCUCGCAUCUUCCUCUUCUUCCUUCGCUGACUGUGUCUGUUGCUUCUGGGUGUUACAAUUGGUGUCGGAGGUGUCCAAAACUCAAUCUCGAAAUGAAAUCAGAUUCUUCCGAUCCUCCUGCAAUCUUCUCCACCCCACAAGUCACCCACAAUCCCCAGCCACAGAACACAUCUUCCCGGUUCGAGGAUUACCAACGUUGGACCUGAACAGCGAUUACGAAAUGUGGAAGAUUCGCGUGGAGCCUCUCUUAUCCGGUCUUACUCCACACGCUCAAUAUACUCAGAUCAUGCAAGCAAUGAGUGACACCGCACUACGUCGUGCUAUCGCUGGGGGCUUCUCCGCGUCCAAACCCAUCAGCUACAACUGGCGUGUCCUCGACGAAUGUUUCGCCAAAACCUCCAGCCCUUCGGUGUACAUGCACACUUUUCUCAGCCGCUGUCAAGAGCCCGGCGAAACAGCGUUCGAUUACCUGCAUCAACUCCGCGAGAUGGCAUCGCGCGCAUUUCCCAGCCUUCCCAACCCAAACCAAGAUGAUGUUAUCUGUAGCCGUUUUGCCCAAGGUGUCUCAUCAUAUGAGCUGAAGUGCCAGCUUCUACGCCAGCCAGCAAAAUCAGUCUCAGAGGCCAUUGAGGUGGUAAAGCGAUUCGAGAGCGUCGAGCAUAUUCUCACUCCAGCUGCCAGUACGCCCUGCUAUGCUCUCGGGACCACCGAGCGAAGAACAACCGUCCCAGCAUCACGACAACGCCGGCCUAAUGCUCCAUCGUCAAGCCAACCUCCAAUUCCGUCCCAGCAGCAUGAUGACCCCAGUAAGUGCUAUUACUGUCGCCGGUUCGGGCGGC